AUCAUAACAGCGUAUCUACCAGCUACCCAAACUAAAAACUUUACAAACCACUGCUGCAACUUGAAGUCAAACAACUCCACAACAAUAUAUACUUAUGUGCAUUUCUUUUAGGUGAAAUGAUGAACUCCAGACUCUCAUCUCUGAUCCUGCUGUUACACAUUCAAGGGUCUUUAACAUUGGACAGCUUUACUGUGAGCUGUGAUAAAACAAAUAUUUGUGCUGUGAGAGGGGCACAGAUGACAGUCUGGUGCUCUUACUCAAACAUCAACAUCAAAACUGUGUUCUGGUUCAGCCAAAAACACAAAACAAACUGGAGAAACAAAGAUGAACCUGAAGAUUUGACUUUAGAUUCAGAUUACUCAGGACGAGUGGAUCAGCGAAUCACUGAAGACUACAUAGAACUCACAAUAUCAGAUCUGAGAGAGAGAGACAGUGGAGAAUAUCAGCUCAUGUUCAUUAUGAAGGAUGGAGUUAAACAUCUCAGCUCAGUCACAGUCAAUCUAACAGUCACAGUUCAACAGGUGAAGAUGAAUCCUGAACCUGCAGAUAAAGUAAAACUGAUCUGUGAUUCUUCCUGCAAUCGGACAUCUGAAAAUUACUACUGGUACAAAAAUGGACGAUAUUUAAACGAUGAAAAAUCAAAAUCCAUAUUUGUGUCAUCCAGUGGAAACACUGACAGCUAUUUCUGCUCUACAGAUGGCAAUCCCUCUUCAUCUGUGUGUGUUUCUAACAGUGGCUGUUGGGUUGUGACUUACACCUCUACAAGAGUUUGUGCUUUAGUGGGAUCAACAGUAGAUAUUCACUCUUCAUACUCACAUCCCACUCGAUAUACAGUAAAGAAAACAUACUGGGAUAACUUUAACUUUGUUUCAAAAUUCAAAGAUCUGCGUGAGGUUCAUCAGUUUUCUAGUCAUGUGGAGUCUGUGGGAAACACACUGAGAAUCAAAGACGUAAACAUGAGUGACUCUGGUUUAUAUCGAUUUAGGAUCAUCACUAACAUAUCAGAUAAAAUUACUGGUUAUCCUGGAGUCUUUCUUACUGUUACAGAUACACAGGUGAUAAGUAGACCAAACCCUGUGAUAGAUGGAGAAAAAGUGAUAUUAAGCUGUUCAACCAAAUGCACUCUGGAUAACAAACAUACUUACAUCUGGUAUAAGAAUGGACAACAGGUAACAGAUGGAUUGAGAUUAUUAAACAAGCUGUACCUGAACUCAAUCAACAGUGAGGAGCUACAAGAGUAUUCAUGUACUGUAGGAGGUAACACAACAUCUCAUCAUACAUCUGACUUUAGUAUACAAUGAUUAAAAUGAUAGCCAAUCAGCAUCAGUCCUUGAUUCUGAUUUAUUUACAGCUGUGACAUCAUCACUGAGCAACUUUCAGUCAAUCUUCACUAAGAAUUAAUACAUUUGUGUUUAUUUAUUUUUCUUCAGUAACAAUAAAUAUCUCAGUGUUUGGUCAUCUCAAAGUCUGUCUGCUGGUGUUUCUGCCUCAGUUUCUCAUUUUAGGAGCUCUGUGGAUGUGGUUUUUCAUCAGCAUGAACAAAUUAAAAUCUAAAUACAGAACUGAUGACAAACAUGAAGAGACUCAAGUGGUGCACAUGUCUGUGAUCAGCUGAACUGCAGGAGUGAUGUCACAACUCUCUCUAUGACAUCAUCACCUAUCAAAAACUCUCAGCAGUGACAUCAUUGAUACAGUGAUGUCACAUACAGUGACAUAAUAUAAUGACAGUCUUGUGUCAGUGUAGGACAAACUGUAACAUCUCAAUGCUUAAAUCCUGUAAAAACUUUGCUAUGGCACAUCUUUAUAAAAACUGCUAAUCUCUUACAUGGGUUUCAUUAUUUGAAUUUGGAGACUCCUCAGCUCCCAUCGUGUCAUGAAAAAGAAAAAUGUCCACAUGAGGCAAACUGAGAAAUGUCUGCAAAAGCAGACCAACAUCCUCACAUACUGCAUUUACAUACUGAGUUUAUUUAAAGAUUCCUCUUUGUAUCUGUUUGAGAUCUUUCGUGGAGAUUAAGCCUCAUUUUUAUCUUCGUAAGAGGCACUUAAAGACACGUCUGAGUCAAACAGUUAAAUAUUGUCUUUAUAUUUUCCUCUUAAGAGGAUAGCCCGAGCUUUGGUUUGGCUUGCAUUUUAGAUUUCUUCCAGCUAUUUGAGGUUUGAAAGAACCAAAAAAUAUAACAACCAAAUAUUUUUAUUAGA